UCUUCCACUCUCCUCUUCCUCAUCUCUCUCUCAUUUCAACUUCAAUGGCAACUCUCCCCCUCACUCUCUCUCUCUUCACUCUCCCCAAACCCCGACUUUCUCUCUCCUCCUCCCCCUCCUCCUCCAUGUCCUCUUCCUCCGCCUUUUUCCGGCCUCAACUCCGGCGUCGAUCGAAGGACUCAGCAACUGUUUCUUUUGCUUACACGGCGGGGCCACCGACCGAUCCGAUUGUGACAGAGAAUGAUCCGAAGGUCGAUGUCUCGAGCUCUCGCGGGGAAAGCGUAGAAUCGCCGCGUAAUGCGAUUAGUUGGGGUCUGUUGUCGAGCCUGUUGUCUCAGCAUAAGUUGAGAAUCGCUGUUUCGAUUUUCACUCUCGUUGGAUGCACUACUUGCACUCUCUCAAUGCCCUUGUAUUCAGGGAAAUUUUUUGAGGUACUAAUUGGCAAAACACCUGAACCUCUGUGGAAUGUGCUUAGCAAGGUUGCAGUUCUGUAUGCAUUGGAGCCAAUUUUCACUGUUAUUUUUGUUAUAAACUUGAACACGGUAUGGGAGAAGGUUAUGUCAAACGUAAGAGCUCAGAUAUUUCAAAGGGUAUUGAUUCAAAAGGUGGAGUUUUUUGAUCAAUACAAGGUUGGUGAACUCACUGCAUUAAUAACAUCUGAUUUGGGUUCUCUUAAAGACAUUGUGAGUGAAAACAUAUCAAGGGAUCGUGGAUUCAGGGCACUUUCUGAGGUGGUUGGAACAAUAUGCAUCCUGUUCACUCUAUCCCCCGAACUUGCACCACUUCUGGGGUUACUUAUGCUUAUGGUGUCUGUUUUAGUUGCUAUAUACAAGCGGUCGACUGUGCCUAUUUUUAAAGCUCACGGCAUGGCCCAAGCAUUGAUAGCUGAUUGUGUAAACGAAACUUUUUCUGCUAUUCGUACUGUAAGAUCCUUUGGUGGAGAAAAAUGUCAAAUGUCAAUGUUUGGUAACCAGGUCCUUGCUUAUCAGACUAGUGGCAUAAAGCUUGGGACUUUCAAAUCCAUAAAUGAAUCUCUCACUAGAGUUGCAGUUUAUAUUUCUUUGUUGGCCUUGUUUUGUCUUGGAGGCAGCAAAGUAAAGGCGGGCGAACUAUCUGCAGGAAUUGUGGUUUCUUUUAUUGGAUAUACAUUCACAUUAACUUUUGCCGUUCAAGGGCUGGUUAACACAUUUGGAGAUCUUCGUGGAGCUUUUGCUGCUGCAGAGAGGAUUAACUCUGUUUUAGCUGGGGCUGAAAUUGACGAAGCCCUGGCCUAUGGUUUGGAAAAAGACAUCAAGCGUCAAGAAGUACAUGAUAAGAAUUUUGGAUUGUUCUUUGUCAGUGAUUCUGAUAGGAAUAAUCAAUCUCUUAAUAUGCAUUACAUGUCAUCUUUGAAAUCAACUAGCAGCCUGGGUACCCUAGCCUGGUCUGGUGAUCUGUGUCUUGAAGAUGUGCACUUCUCUUAUCCUUUGAGGCCUGAUGUGGAAAUCCUGAACGGUCUUAAUCUAAUGCUAAAAUGUGGAACUGUAACUGCUCUAGUGGGCCCAAGUGGUGCAGGGAAAAGUACUAUAGUACAGCUAUUGGCACGUUUCUAUGAGCCAACCAAAGGUUACAUUACAGUUGGAGGAGAGGAUGUGCGGACAUUUGAUAAGAGUGAAUGGGCACGGGUCGUCUCAAUAGUGAAUCAAGAACCUGUUCUCUUCUCAGUGUCUGUCGGAGAAAAUAUUGCAUAUGGGCUCCCUGAUGAUUAUGUAUCCAAGGAUGAUGUGAUAAAGGCAGCAAAAGCUGCAAAUGCUCAUGGUUUCAUAAUUUCGCUCCCACAGGGUUAUGACACACUUGUUGGUGAGCGGGGAGGUUUGCUAAGUGGAGGACAGAGACAGAGAGUUGCUAUUGCAAGGGCUCUUCUAAAAAAUGCACCAAUCCUGAUACUUGAUGAGGCCACGAGUGCUUUGGAUGCAGUUAGUGAGCGCCUGGUCCAGGAAGCUCUAAACCACUUGAUGAAGGGAAGAACAACAUUAGUCAUUGCCCACAGAUUAAGCACAGUUCAGAAUGCAGAUCAAAUUGCUCUUUGUUCUGAUGGAAAGAUCACAGAGCUAGGGACCCACUUAGAGUUAUUGAGCAGAAAGGGUCAAUAUGCCUCUCUGGUUGCUACUCAAAGGCUUGCAUUUGAAUAAUAUUGCUAUUACCACUUUCUGUAAACAAAUGCCAAGAGAUCCAAAUUUUGUCAAGCUUGAAAGCAAAUCAGUGCUAGAGAUCACAAAAGGAGGCUAGAUGAGAUCGUGAGUUGAAAACAAACACAAUAGCUUCCAUUAACUCUUUAUUGACUGUUAUGUAUACCGCUGUUACCACACUUAUUCGAGUGCAGACACCCUAGGCUACAUCAUGUUGUAAAGUAAUACAACAGUGAAAAGUGGACAAAUUAACAAAGGCUAUCAACAAGAAUUGUCGUUAUACUGAUUGUUGUCCAAUUAUUUGAAUUUAUUAAUUUGGUAUUGUAUAAGAUCAAAAAUAAAAUAUUAUUUUCACAUAAUAAAUAGACGACAGGUGAAAUUGCUGCUGCAGAAAUGGAAUAUAGUGUCUCAGCAUAUGAAAUUUACAUUGUUGUAAAAUUUUAUCUUGGGGAUGAGGAUGGGAUGGAAAGGGAAGGACUCAUCUUUUGGGUAGAAAGAAAAUCUUAAAACUACUGUUGUGAGAGUGUUCUUUAUUAAUGGCUUUGGAAAUAUUUUUUCU